AUGGCCGCCUAUGGAGUGGACUCUCCGGAGGAACAGGCCGCAUCGUCGUCCUCCUCGAGGAGGGUGAAAUUCCUCUGCAGCUUCGGGGGAAGGAUUCUUCCACGCCCCAGUGACGGCGUCCUUCGUUACGUCGGCGGCCACACCCGCAUUAUUGCCCUGCGCAAGGAUGCUUCCUUCCAGGAAUUGAAGAGGAAGAUGUUCGAUGUAUUCGGCGGCCCGGCUAUCCUCAAGUACCAGCUCCCCGACGAAGAUCUGGACGCCUUGGUGACUGUGUCUUGCCCUGAGGAUCUGGAGAACAUGAUGGAGGAGUACGAUAAGCUCGCUGAGACCUCCGCCGAGGGCUCUGCCAAGCUCCGCGUCUUCCUAUUCUCACCCACGGAGGUUGAUUCUCCAGCGCUCGGCUUCGCUCAGGGCAUCAAUGACGGCGGACAUCGGUAUGUGGACGCAGUUAAUGGAAUCGCCGAUCCAGGAGCGGCUGAAUUAAAGCGGAAAGGGAGCAUGGCGAGCUUCUCGUCUGCUCAGACUUCCGACGGCGCGCCUGGUGAACUCCUGGACUGCACCCUAGAAGGCGUAUCGCCUGCAAUUCCGUCCCCCACAGUCGCCGAAACAGGAGCAGCAGCUUUCCAGGAUUCAUUCAGAUUGCUGUAUCCGGGGGUGCCGUCGGAUCCAGUAACAGCGCCAGCUGAUGCGAAAGGCUUCCCGGGUGACCUAGCUCCUCCUCAGGCCAUACCAUCUUCUCGCCCAGAGCAGCCAUUGCCGCCAUCAUCUGGCGUAACAUACGUGCCUCUGGCAUAUCUGGAGUCUCUUCAAGAUGGAUACAAUCGCGUGGAUUACAUCCAGAAUCCUGCUCAAAUCCAGUACCUCAACUCUCCUCCAUUAGGUAUGCCCAGUGUGCCCGUCGGUUUGGUUCCAAUUCCACAGAAUUCCUAUGUUCAUUCUGCGGAUAUCACUGCGCCAAUGUCUUCGUCCAACAUCACCAGCGGGAAGCCCGUCCAGAGAGGGGCUGAGGCUUACUCGGAUGACUCAUUCUAUGGAGGCAGGGUUGCGUCAGUAGUUGGUGAUCCGACCUUUAAUCCCUUGCAAUCAUUCUCCCAACGCCAACCUUUACCUUCCUCUUCCUCUCUACAAAUGCAGAAUGUUGACAGGCAGGGUUUGGGUCAGGUGCCGCAACAAGUAGCAGCACCUCUUCUCUUUUCUGACUCUUUGAUACAGGAACCUGGAGGGAGUGGGUCAACGGGGAGUGCCCCCAUUAACCGCCCAGAGUUCCACUUUCUCCAGUCUGAGGAGGCAUUAAGGUCGUAUGCUCCACAAAGGGUGAUCAGUGGGGCGAUCUCCGGAGCUGCAGUCGAGAGCCCACUGAAGAACAUUAUUCCUCCUCAUUUAGGAGCUCGUGGGUAUUCUCAGGACCCUGAAUCACACCAAUAUGUUGACUUGUUUGCUUCACAGAAACUAGAGAAUAUAGAUCAAACUAAGGUUUUACAUCAGCCCAGUCUAAGUACUGCUCCAGAGGCUCCAUACUCGUAUUUUGGUGAUCAUUCUCAAGCUUGGCAUGAUGACAUACUACAGCAGCAGCAACCUCCUAUCGGACCGCCUCAGUUCCUGCGCAAGCAAGACCCUGUGAUCAAUGAUCCUGCUAGAGUCCGCAUCCCUAGAGCAAGAAAGGAUAUUGUUCAAAAUUCAGACAUCGAACUCCCUGUUCAAGCUCCUUAUUCUCACCAACAACAGUUUUCUGGGUUACUCGAGCAUCAAAUAGCAGCCACUAAGUCUCACAUUGGUGAGCCUACAUCUGUCGAGCGAAUGAUAGAGAAACUUUGGCCAAAUACAUCCGAGGCUUCAGCAAUCAAUGACCCAUGGAAAACAGUGGUCAAAUCUGAUAACAGUGCGCAAAUUGAGGAAAGGACAGAUAGCUUACAGACUGUCGAAGGCAACAUGGGUAAUGCCAAACAGAAAGUCGCAGAGGGAGAAACCUUGCUCGGUAGCGCUUCUGUUGGCCAUGGCAGUGCAGUUGACACAGAUCCUUUUAGAUCAGCUGGCCUGCUGCCACCCUCCACAGCAGAGGUGGCUCACACGCAUCCUCUUCAACGUGGAGACCCAGCCCAGGUGGGUUCAAGCACAGGGAAUCAUGGACCAUACACUGACCCUCCCAUCCCUCAUGACCGUUUGCUUCAUGGGCCUAACGCCACUACUACUAAACUCCCACUCCCUGUUGGUAACAACAACUGGAGAGAUGAGAAGCCUCAAGUAUACUCUGAGCCUUCUUUGAGCGGCAUGUCUGUUCCUCUGAGCUUUACCUCACCUGGUGAUUUAUCCAGUGUGGGCACCCGUAAUGUUCAACGGGGGGAUAUCCAAUUACCAGUUGACUCACAAUCCAGACCACGAGAACCAUGGUACAUCAGGCAGAAUGCGCAGUUUGGGGGUCUGAACCCUAGAACAGUGGGAAGCGGAAGUAUCCCUGUCCAAGGGGAUCCAUUCAUUGACAACCUUUACAGCAGCGAGUCCAGAAUUGCUGUAGACAUGGAGGAGGGUAGCUAUCAGCGGCCAUUAGACUCUCUCAUCAGGCGCACUGCUCCAGAUCCGAUUAGCCCUGUUGAAGGUUGUUGUCUGAAGCCUGGCCCUUGUAUUCUGAUGGCUGUUCUGAACUUCUGACGAUUGUUUCUUGGUUUUCUUUUACAGCUGCGGGAUCUGAUGGGCUAAUCAAACAGGAGCUCCGGUCUGUUGCAGAUGGUGUGGCAACAUCAAUUCCCCCCCAGAAAUCUCUUCCUGUUUCCUAUUUUGAUGAGAAAAUUUGUGCUUUGGAAUCCAAAAAAGAUAAAGGCAUACCAGAGGAUAACACAGCUUCGCAGAGUUCAUCUCAUGUUCCUGAUCACAAAGCUGAGGUGAUUUAUUUUUUUAUUUUUUAUUUUUUUUGGCUCUCUCUUUAUGUCUGAAAAACCUCAUCUGAUGUACAAACAACAUAUUGCAAUAUACCCAGGACGAUAAAACUGGACCCCCGGACAGGCCAAACCAGGGUUUCGGAGCUCUUGAUGACAACGGACUUCGCCUGCAGGUUCACAAGCUAGCGAUGCGUUUUGCUUCUGCCUUCAUGAAAUUUAUCUGGCUAUUUGAAUUCAUUUCCGUUGCUUCUUCGCAGAUUAUAAAGAACAGUGAUCUUGAAGAGCUGCGAGAACUGGGUUCGGGGACCUUUGGAACCGUUUAUCAUGGGAAAUGGAAGGGCUCUGAUGUGGCGAUAAAGAGAAUCAAUGACAGAUGUUUUGCUGGAAAGCCCUCUGAACAAGAACGCUCGGUGAUUAUCUAAAAUGAAUUCCGAAGUUCCGUUAUUCAGUGUUCUUCCGUUGACCUUCUGAGCUGACCAAAUUCUAUACUCUCAUCCAGAGGGCUGACUUUUGGAAUGAAGCGUGCAAGCUUGCUGACUUGCACCACCCUAAUGUUGUGGCAUUUUAUGGGAUCGUUCUGGAUGGGCCUGGGGGGUCAAUGGCUACAGUAACCGAAUACAUGGUCAACGGUUCCCUUUGGCAAGCCUUACGAAAGAAUGACAGGUGUGUCUCAUUGCCUGAUUCUGAAGCUUCUAAGCAUCUCCAGUUGACUUAUUUCUUCAGUUGACUUAUUUUCUGAUAUGACCAGUAUUUAUCAAAGUUGCCAACCUAUUUUCUGUAGGACUCUUGAUCACCGGAAACGCCAUCUCAUUGCAAUGGAUGUGGCGUUUGGCAUGGAGUACUUGCAUAGCAAAAAUAUAGUACACUUUGACCUGAAGAGCGACAAUCUGCUUGUCAACUUGCGGGACCCACAGCGACCAAUAUGCAAGGUAUGGCCUUCCUCCGUGCUUCGUUGGGAGUCUCGAGGUAACGUAGGAGGAGAUCUAAUGACGUGGGAUAAUUUUCCGGUUGGGGAAAUCUUCCCGUUAUUAGGAGAAGUUUGACUAGUCUCCCUCGUAUCCAUAGCUUCUUGCCCAGGUGCCGAUGUUGGUCAACGGAGAGUGUGAUCACAAAUGUUUAUGAUAAGAUUGGGGAGAGUGGGCAUUAUUUCGUAUAAUGGAGAAGGGUGGAUGUCGCUGGAAACAGGAAAAUAAUCUGUGAUUUUGUUUCUGCGCUGACUUUCCCCAUUAUGAGCAUUUCCCCCUUUGGAUUGCUGUCGUUCUCUCUCUCUCUCUCUCUCUCUCUCUCUCUCUCUCUCUCUCUCCCUCUCUCUCUCUCUGACUGAGUGAUUGUAAACCCGAAUUACCCUUUCUUUUUUUUUUUUUAGUUAAUUUCUCCAUUGCCCUGCGUCAAAGCUAUACAAUCCAUAGUUUGUCGCAUAUUUCUUUUGGUUUAGGGUCACUUUGACUUCUCUGAUCAUCCCACCAGACUUUGACCUUGCGAGGCAUGUUCGUCUCUGUAGGUCGGCGACCUGGGCCUAUCUAAAGUCAAACGCCAGACCCUGAUCUCCGGCGGCGUCAGAGGAACCCUCCCCUGGAUGGCCCCCGAGCUCCUGAACGGCCGGAGCAGCCUCGUCUCCGAGAAGGUGCUCCGCCGUCCUCCGCCCACCCCUUUAAAUCCCCGCAGCCGCCAAUCUCAUCAUCUCUUUUCUUCUUCUUCUUCUUCUUCUUCUUCUUCAGGUCGAUGUGUUCUCCUUCGGCGUCGUCAUGUGGGAGCUCCUCACGGGGGAAGAACCCUACGCAGACCUGCACCACGGCGCCAUUAUCGGUACCAUCGAGCUCCACGUCUUCUUCUUCGUCGAUUCGAUCGAUUUCUGACGGAAACUUCUUCUUCCGGCAGGCGGCAUAGUCAGCGACACGCUCAGGCCGCCGGUGCCGGAGCCCUGCGAUCCCGAGUGGAGAGCGCUGAUGGAGACCUGCUGGUCAACCGAGCCGUCGGAGAGACCGAGCUUCACGGAGGUCGCCGCCAGGCUGCGGUCGAUGACGUUGACCUCCGUCCCCCCGAAGGCACAGCAAUAG